GCACCCUACUCACGAGUCUUGGAUUCAUAUAAUGUUGUCCGUAACAAUAAAGUAAAUAAUUACAGAAUAAAUCGCUAAAAUGGAUGAUAACCCAGUAGUGCGUCAUUCAGUUGUGGUGCCAGAAUUGUACUUCCUAAUAUCGAAGUUUUUAUCCAAUGGACCGCUCAAGAAAACUGCCAAGGUUUUGGCCGAGGAAUUGGAGCAAUUCAAGAUCCUGCCAAAGAGACUCGACUGGACCGGAGAAGAGCACGAGCAGAGCUUCGAAGAACUCGAAGGAAAAUAUUGUCACAUCGGUCCAAAUCACCUUCUGGAAAUAUGUACACGCAUAGGUCCCAUUUUGGACAAAGAACUGGCCCCAAGUGUGUCGGGCAUUGUGUCUCUCUUGGGUGCCGGUCGUCAAAGUUUGCUAAGAACCAGUCAAAGUAUCUCAAAGCCACGUUCGCUGCUGGAUAAUUGUGCACGAUUGCAUGGAGCACCUUUAUUCGAUGUCCCGUGUCGCAAAAACCAGAACAACAUAAUAAAAGUUUUACAUGGACGACAGAGUUCCGGCCCAAUUACGCGUCGACUUGCCGUUCCUCCGAGUUUUUACAGCAAAUUAUCGUUAAUACGAACAACCUUAGGCCAUCUUACUGCCGUUUACUGCGUUUUGUUUGACCGUUCGGGCAAAUAUAUCAUCACGGGAGCCGAUGAUUUGCUCGUUAAACUUUGGAGCGCGAUCGAUGGACGACUGCUGGCAACUUUUAGAGGCGCCUCUGCCGAAAUUACCGAUAUUACUGUCAAUUUAGAGAAUACAUUACUGGCUGCCGGGUCACUAGAUCGCAUUUUACGUGUGUGGGAUAUGCAAACGUGUGCCCCGAUUGCCGUGUUAACGGCCCACACUGGCAUGAUUACGUCCGUAAACUUUUGUCCGUCGCCCCGAGGGGAUUUGCGAUACUUGGUGACAACAAGUACCGAUGGAUCGAUCGCUUUUUGGCAAUAUACGACACCGCGAGGAGGAAAAACUGUUUUCGCCUCCAAACCUAUUCAAUAUUUGGAAAAACUAAGACCGGGACAGGCAAAGAUGAUUUGUGCUUCAUUCUCGUCCGGCGGAAUGUUUUUGGCAGCUGGAAGUGCAGACAAUCAUGUGCGAGUUUACAUGAUGGCAGAAGAAGGUCCCAAGCGAAUUCUCGAAGUGGAAUCGCAUCUCGACACGGUCGACUCAAUUCAAUGGUCUCACAGUGGCUUGAGAUUUGUGUCAGGCAGCAAAGACGGCACCGCCCAAAUUUGGCAUUUUGAGACGCAACAAUGGAAAAACACAAAGUUGAAUAUGAGCGAAAGACUGCCAGGCACCCCUGCGCCAGAAGAUGAAAAUAAAAAAUUCAAAGUUACAAUGGUUGCAUGGGAUUUGUCAGAUAGAUGGAUCAUUACUGCAGUCAGCGAUCAUACGAUAAAAGUGUGGGAUUCGACAACUUGUAAACUACACAAAAUACUGGAAGGACAUACCGAUGAAGUUUACGUUUUAGAAGCUCAUCCAAAAGACGCUCACAUCUGUCUUUCCGCGGGACAUGACGGUCAAUUAUUUGUUUGGGAUGUCUUUGAAGGCGUAAUUUUGUGUAAAUUUAAGAAUAUUGUGGAACAUCAAAUGGUUGGCGGAAUUUACGAUGCAAAAUGGUCACCCGAUGGUUUAAUGGUCGCCGCCACAGACUCUCAAGGUCACAUCUUGAUGUUUGGCUUCGGAAAUGGUCAUGAACGCUUAAAGCUGUUGCCAAAAGAAUUAUUCUUUCAUACAGAUUAUCGUCCAUUGAUAAGAGACUCGAACUUUUAUGUCAUGGAUGAACAAACACAAACUGCUCCUCACUUAAUGCCACCGCCAUUUUUGGUUGAUAUUGAUGGAAAUCCUCACCAACCAAAGUACCAGACUCUCGUUCCUGGUCGAGAAAACUGCCCCAUCGAUCAAUUAGUACCGAAUUUAGAGGCAUUUGAGCCACCAGAAAAUCAAGCGCGAUCCGAUAUUGAUCGUCUCAUCGAACAACUAGCCAAUAAUCAGGGAAACAAUCAAGGAAACAAUCAGGGAAAUCAGGAGCCUGCAAAUGGAAAUGCAGAAAAUUCGAAUGCAAGUCGUACUAGAAGCUCGCUAAAUCGUUCGUCGUUGCAACAACGUCGAUCUGGCGCCGACGAACCGCAACAAGGCCCAUCAACACCCCAACCACAAACACCAAGAGCUGGCGGUGCCUCGAAUUGGCAGCCAAAUCGAUCGACGUCAAAUGCAACGCCCGCUGAACAGCAAUCCACUUUCAAGUUUGUGCGUCGAACGUACGUGCGUCCCAUGAAUUAUGCCAACUUGCAGCAUUUACGACAGACAGUUUACCACGCCGGCGUCUUGGAACAAGAGCUACAUCGGCGCGAGAUGCGAAAACGUCCUGUCAUGAUAAAUACUGGAAGUGCAUCGGCAUCCAAUGCCAUUGGGCGAACUCGUGGAAGAAAUUUGCGAAAUAAUAAUCAAAGCCAGUCGGCAUAUCGCACGCGAAACACUCGCGCACGAGAACCUUUGCCGGAAGACGAUGAACAAGAAGAGCAAAGUUCAUCAAGUGAGAGUUCAAGUGAUGAUUCCACUGCCAUUGACGACAUGGAUCUAUCGGACGACAGCAGCAGUUCCGGGUCUGAAAGUUCCGAUUACUCCGAUUGGGUUGCAAAUGAGCCGGGUCCAGCAAAUCUUCAACCACCAAAACGAUCAAAGAGAAAGCCCGUUGAACGACGAACCUAUUCUCCGACAAAUCAACCAUCGACCUCUGCGCAAGCCAGCACCUCGCACGAGGGCAACAAUAGUCGUGCAAGACGUAAAAUUCCGAUUCCCGUAAACGGGGAAAUACCCGAAAUUUAUCGCCCACCUGAGUGGUUGAGUGCCGUCAUUCCACGCAAAGCUCCUUAUUAUCCGCAAAUGGGAGACGAAGUAAUUUAUUUGCGUGAAGGACAUCAAAAGUACUUGGAUGCAGUUCGUUCAAAGAAAGUCUAUGAUCCUGGAAAUCGUUGCGAACCUUGGGGCUUCAUGGAUUUAGAAGCGCAUGCACUGUGCAAAGUCAUCGGAAUCAAGUAUGAAAUCAAGCCACCGCGAUUGUGUUGUCUCAAACUCGGUGUCAUGGAAGAUGAUGGUCAUUUAACGGGACAAUCUUUCACAAUAAAGUACCAUGACAUGCCCGACGUUCUGGAUUUCCUGGUGCUGCGACAAACAUUCGAGACGGCAGUUAGUCGAAAUUGGGGUCCCGGAGACAGAUUUAGAUGCAUGAUUGACGAUAGUUGGUGGAUGGGACAAAUCGAUUCGCUAAAUCGAUCAACAGAAUUUCCCGACUCGCUUUUCAUGUGCUUCAAAGUGCGAUGGGACAACGGCGAGUUCGAGUACAUGAGUCCAUGGGAUUUGGAGCAAAUCGACGAAAAUCGAAUGCCAACGGAAGUCGGAGGAGCAGUGCAAGUUUUGCCCGAAGAACUAAACGCCACUUUGUACCAACCGACAGCCGAGGAAUGGCCGGAUGGUGGUCGCGAUGCAACUUGUGAACGAAUCAUCCGAGGACUGGAACAAGUGAUUGCUCUUGCCAUUGCAGACCCCUUUUUAGCGCCCGUCGAUCUUACAUUGUAUCCGGCAUAUGCAUUCGUGGUGGAGUAUCCCAUUGACUUGACAACGAUCAAAGCACGUUUCGAAAAUCGCUUUUACCGCAGAAUCACUUCGGCGCAAUUCGAUGUGCGAUAUUUGGCAACAAAUGCUGAAAAGUUCAACGAGAGUCACAGUAAUAUCGUAAGACAUGCGAGAAUCAUCACCGACAUCUGCUUGCGGAUUCUGAGUGAUCCGUAUCCCGUAAAUGUGAAUAAUAUCUAUCAUCAGUUGCAAGACACUUACGUUUCGUCGGAGUCAGAUGCCGAGGAAGAGCCACAGCCAGGCACUUCGAGACCAUCGGGAUCAAGAAGAUCGCGAAGACUUGUCCCAGAUGGCGAUUGGCGCGCCGAAUGUCGAGAGCUGCUUGAAAUGAUCUGGCAGUGUGAAGACUCGGAACCAUUUAGAGAACCAGUGGACACACUCGAACACCCCGACUAUCUGCAAGUCAUCGAAGCUCCGAUGGAUCUGCGAACAAUUAAAGAAGACUUGCUGGGAGGAAAUUAUGAAACGCCACUGACGUUCGCCAAAGACAUGCGACUAAUUUUCCACAAUUCACGCAGCUACAACACCAACAAGAGGUCUCGCAUUUAUUCGAUGACAUUGCGACUCAGCACGUUGUUUGAAGCGCAUAUUAAAUCAAUUAUUUACAACUGGAAGUCGGCCAAACGGAGGAGCAAGCAAGGCCCAAAAACACAAGCGCCUGCCAAACGAACAUCCACCCGAAGAGCAGCGCGACGAUCCGAACCAGGACCAAGUACCUCGAGAAUUGACGAGUCUGAGGAAAUGGAUGUGGAUCCGCUUGAAAUUAUAACGCCGCGAAAUUCGAGAACGCGCACGUCAACGCGUCGACGUCGCAUUCGAGACGACGAACCAGGCCCAAGUACAAGUAGAAGUACCCGAAAUACUCGAAGGAGUCAAGAAGACGACGAUGAUGACGAAGAAGAGGAAGAAGCUAGCAACAGUUCCAGUUCGAGCGGUGAUGACGACAGUGAUAACGAAGUACUGGGACCAAAUGGGCGUCCAAUACGGAAAGUUCGUCAAGCUGCGCAGCAAGAGGAAGCCGUUGAUUCGGGAGAAAGUUACAAACCAUAUGGCAGCGGAAGAAAUGCAACGUCGCGAAAACGACGAAAAAGUCGACGCGCUGCCAAAAGUUCAGCAAAUUCGACGCCUGUUAAACGCAAAGGCGGCAAAAAACGCCAAAUAUCCGACGAGGAAGCCAACGAAGAGGAUUCCGACAACAUAUCGGGAUUCGCGGACGGACAAGCCAGCGAACAGACCAGCGAUGAUGACUCGUCGGACGAUAACAAGCCGAUUGGACGAACGCGCAGAGGACAGAAAACACUUGCUAUGAACAAUGUAACGGCAGAUUUGUCGGAAAAUGAGAGAGGGAGACGCACUCGACGAUCACGCAGAUACGAAAGUGAUCACAGCUACCACGAGGAGUCGGCGGCCAAAGCGAAAAAGACAUUUGUGCAGGAAAGUGAGAGUGAACAUGAUGAUAGUUUGCACACCACGAGGGCAAGUACGAGACGAGCACAACAAUCGUGGGGACAAGCAACCGAUAGUUUGGAGGAUGAUGAUGCGCCAGCUUUACAACGUUCCAGUCAACGUCGAACGCGAAAUCAACGCAAACCGUCGUCCGAAUCGGAGCCCGAGGAAACGAGUAUCAGCAAGCGUGUUCUCACGAGUCGCAGUACUCGAUCGACGAGGCGAACGGAAAUCGAUCCGUUGGAGCAACCAAGUACAAGCAGUGGAUUCAGCAACAAUGGAAGGCUAACGCGUGCCAGACAAGGAACAUCUACCUCACUAUCACCAUUUAUGGAUGCGCCACGUUCGGAUGCUACAUCUUCGGAGAAUCUCACAAGGUCCGGACGACGCAUGAUGCCUUUACGAUCUCAGGUUGGUUUCUCCAAUGCACAAUCACGUGCGAUUUUGCCACACGAAGUGGACCACAACUACGGAGAGCCAAGACGAGCACCGCCUGCCCUUUCGCGCCAUCAACGUAGCGUAGAUGAACUCGAGAAUCAAGACGAAAGUGAGAGUCUUUCGUCACGACUGAGACACCGAACACUCGUAAACAACAGUUUGCGCACGAGCACGAGAUCAACGCGACAUUCGCAAACAACAAAUACCGAUCAAAAUAGCGACUCAGAUGACGACAUGCCUCUGAAUAGACUACAAUCGACGCCAAAUGGCACGCUUCAACCAACGAGCAGUAGCAGUGGUAGCACUUUAAGACCUCAACGCAGUACCCGACGUAAUCGCAUUCCUGAUUCAGACGAUGAUCAUCAUGAUGAGCCUGGUCCAUCUUCAGGUCGCAGCACACGAAAGCAAAACAAACGUCCGCACUACAAUGAAGAAACUGACGAAGAAAGUGUGAAUGGUCAGCGACCAGCAAAGCGACAGGCACGAGAAGUUAGUGAGUCCGAAAAUGAGGAUGUCAGCAUUCAAGUGAGCUCUCGUGGUCGAAUUCGUCGUAUUAAAGCAAAAGCUAAGGGAAUUUUCAAAGAGUGAAACAUUAAUUAGUUUUAUGGCUUAUAGAAUGUAAACUUAAUUUCAAUGUAUUGCACUUAUAAUUAUUGAUAUGAACGUUAGUUUAAGUCAUUUUGUGUUCAAAAUUCAAAAAAAGCAUGUAGCUUUUUUUUGUCCAUCACAUGU